ACUCCAUCUACUUUUUAUGAUCAACAUGUAACUUCGCCAGUAAAUGAUAUAUCAAUAAACGGUUUUAUUGAACCUUCGUAUAAUUAUCAAUUUGGCUUAGAAAAUGAUGAAUCAGAAUUAAUGAACAACAAUCAAGAUGAAGUCAGCGAUCAAAAUGAACUUUUUGACACCGAUUCCUCAGAUGAAGAAAAUAAUAUGGCACCAUCUGGAUUAUAUAAAGGGCAAAGCUUUCAAACAUGGGAUGAAGCUGAAAAGUAUCUUGAAGAUUAUGGAAGAGAAAAAGGGUUUAGUAUUCGUAAAAAACGAAGUGAAAGUAUUACUGAAAAUGGGAAUAAAGUUAUGAUUAGAGUUAAUUGGGAAUGUAGUUGUGCGGGUAAAUAUCAACCAAAGAAAGUCUUAAACCCUGAAAAACAUCGCAACAGACAAUCUAAAGCUACUGAAUGUAUGUGGAAGCCUAUUGGCCGGUUAUUGAAAAGCAAGUUCCCGGGAACAAAAAUCUAUCAAAAAGCCCUUUACAAUGCUAUUCAAGUUGCGAAAAAACAUUCAAUAAAAAGAAUUGAAUUUGAUGCAUCUGAUCUCAUGCGUUAUUUAUAUUCAAAAUGUAGUGAAGAUUCACGAUGGUUUGUAGAAAGUAGGUUUGAUGGGCCUGAGCGAAGGUUGAGUGAAUUAAUUUGGCUAUCACCUGACCAACAAA